UCCGGGGAUCCUCAGCAGACCUCGAAGUAGGUGCAGGAUGAGGCAAGGGGGCGACGAUGGCCGACUUUUUUUCCGCGGUCUCCAGAACCGCUCCCAUGAGAAGAUGAAGCUGCGAAAGAGAAAGUCAACUUUGUACCUCAGUCCCCGGAAGAGCACCGAGCGCCGCGGAGAUCUUCUUGGUGAAAACAUUUAUCUUGUCUUGUUUACCAUAGCAUUACGAAUAUGUAACUGUUUUUUAGUCCAGACAAGUUUUGUUCCAGAUGAAUAUUGGCAGUCUCUUGAAGUUGCACAUCACAUGGUUUUCAAUUAUGGUUAUUUGACCUGGGAAUGGACAGAAAGAUUGAGGGGUUACACUUAUCCCUUAAUCUUUGCAAGCAUUUACAAGAUUCUGCAUCUUUUGGGAAAAGAUAGUGUUCAGCUGCUGAUUUGGAUUCCUAGACUUGCCCAAGCACUUCUGUCUGCUAUAGCAGACAUUAGACUCUACUCAAUAAUGAAGCAACUAGAAAAUCAGCAAAUGGCAAAAUGGGUGUUUUUUUGCCAGUUAUGCUCUUGGUUCACAUGGUAUUGCUGUACCAGAACUCUUACAAACACCAUGGAAACUGUUCUCACUAUAAUUGCUCUUUUCUACUAUCCUUUGGAAGGUUCAAAGUCUAUGAACAGUGUCAAGUACUUGUCCCUGGUGGCACUUGCCUUCAUAAUUCGUCCCACAGCUAUCAUUCCAUGGAUACCUUUGGUCUUCAGACAUUUCUGGCAAGAACAGAAAAAGCUUGAUCUUAUUCUACAUCAGUUUUACCUAUAGGGUAAAUUUGUCAAUUUGAGCUUGUCUCUUAUAAUUGAUCGUAUUUUUUUUGGUCAAUGGACCCUGGUUCAGUAUAACUUCUUGAAAUUCAAUGUGCUUCAGAAUUUGGGAACAUUUUAUGGUUCUCAUCCAUGGCACUGGUACUUCAGUCAAGGAUUUCCAGCUGUUUUGGGGACUCAUUUACCCUUCUUUAUUCAUGGCUGCUUUCUGGCCCCAAGGAGGUACCGAAUACUUUUGGUAACUGUGCUGUGGACACUGCUAGUUUAUAGCAUGUUGAGCCACAAAGAAUUCAGAUUUAUCUAUCCAGUUUUACCAUUUUGUAUGGUGUUUUGUGGGUACUCACUAAACCACCUGAAAACGUGGAAGAAACCAGCUCUCAGUUUUCUGUUUUUAUCGAAUAUGUUCCUCGCCCUCUAUACUGGUUUAGUUCAUCAACGGGGUACUCUUGAUGUCAUGACUUAUAUUCAAGAACUCUGUUACAAUAAUCCCAAUAAAUCUCCAGCUUCAGUAUUUAUAAUGAUGCCUUGCCACUCUACUCCUUAUUAUAGCCAUGUCCACUACCCACUUCCAAUGAGAUUUCUCCAAUGUCCCCCAGAUCUGACUGGAAAAAGUCAGUACCUUGAUGAAGCAGAUAUAUUCUAUCUGAAUCCCUUAAACUGGCUAGAUAAAGAGUUUCACAAUGAUUCAACAUUGCCUACUCACUUGAUCAUCUUCAGCAUUUUAGAGGAGGAAAUAAGUGCUUUCCUAAUUUCAAGCAACUAUGAGAGAACUGCUGUGUUCUUCCACACUCACUUGCCAGAAGGUCAAACUGGAAGUCACAUAUAUGUCUAUGAACGGAAAUUAAACGGGACACUCAACAGAAGAUGAAAUUCUGAACUGUGUUUAAAUCUUUCCUAAAGAAAUAGACAUUGUGCUGGGUACAGACAUUCAGAUGCUGCAUAAAUAUGCCUGUAAACACUGGGUAAGAUUUGUGGAACUAGCAAAAAACCACUGAACUGCUUUACCAAAUAUCACUACUGAGGAAAUGUAUGAAAAAUAUCACAAAGUAUAAAAUAUAUUAAUACAAAUGCCAGAUUUUAAAUAAAGACCUUUAGUUUUC